CCCCGUAGCGGCGGGCCUUGGUCACGUGAUUUGUGAAGCGCUUGCUUACAGACUAUGGUUGCCCAGCGUGCUGCACGCAGACGCUGUCUCGACAAGCGCCGUUAUAUUUGUAGUUUUGAAUAUUAAAAAGGCCUAACAGCAAUUAUACGAGAGUUUAGCUGCUAACAUCCAAAAAAUACUGUGCGUUUUGUAGAUGAGUCAGAUAUGAAUUUUCUUUCGGGAUUACGAGUUGAUACGUUAUCUUAUAAGAAGUGAUUCCGGUUCAGUGGGAAGGUUUGAACUGGUCUCUGAAAAGUGACCAUUGUUGUAAUCAGGUCGAGGCUGUUAUCAUUUCCACUUGCUGACUUUCUUAGUUUUUUACGGGUUUACAGCAGGAAAAAACAGUACAAGCUUUUUACAGUGUCAUGAAAGAAAUGUCAAGCACCAUGCCAGGUGGGCAGCAGCCUCAGAAACACUAUGGUAUCACCUCGGCCAUUAGUCUUGCACCCCCACGAGAAAUAGACCACCAGUACACAAAGAAACUCUGUGAUGCCAUGAAACCUUUUGGGGUGUUUGAAGAUGAAGAGGAAUUGAACCAUAGACUAGCAGUUCUUGGAAAGUUGAAUAACUUUGUUAAAGAAUGGAUUGCAGAGAUCAGUGAAUUAAAGAACCUACCACCAUCAGCUAUAAGCUGUGUUGGAGGCAAGAUAUUUACAUUUGGGUCGUACCGACUUGGAGUACACACAAAAGGAGCUGAUAUUGACGCCUUAUGUGUGGCUCCACGACAUGUAGAGAGAAGUGACUUCUUCCAGUCUUUCUUUGAGAAAUUUAAACAGCACGAAGAGAUCAAAGACUUGAGGGCUGUCGAGGAUGCUUUUGUGCCAGUGAUAAAAUUCAAAUUUGAUGGAAUAGAGAUUGACCUGCUUUUUGCCAGACUGGCCUUACAGUCCAUUCCAGACAACCUGGACCUGAGAGGAGACUCUAUACUGAGAAACUUGGACAUUCGCUGUAUCCGCAGCCUUAAUGGCUGUCGAGUGACUGAUGAAAUUUUGUACCUGGUGCCAAACAAAGAAAACUUCAGACUGACUUUAAGAGCUAUCAAACUGUGGGCAAAGCGUCGUGGGAUCUACUCCAACAUGUUGGGGUUUCUGGGUGGAGUGUCCUGGGCCAUGCUGGUGGCCAGGACCUGCCAGCUCUACCCUAACGCUGUGGCUGCCACGCUGGUCCACAAGUUCUUCUUGGUGUUUUCCAAAUGGGAGUGGCCAAAUCCUGUGCUAUUGAAACAGCCUGAGGACAGCAAUCUGAAUUUACCUGUGUGGGACCCUAGAGUCAACCCAUCAGACAGAUACCACCUGAUGCCCAUCAUCACACCGGCGUAUCCUCAGCAGAACUCCACGUACAAUGUGUCCACGUCAACGCGCACCAUCAUGAGCGAGGAGUUCAAAUACGGCCUCAGCGUCACUGAUGAGAUUCUUCAGGGAAAAGCAGAAUGGUCCAAACUCUUUGAGCCACCCAACUUUUUCCAGAAGUACAAGCAUUACAUUGUUCUGACUGCCAGCGCGUCCACAGAAGAAAACCACUUAGAAUGGAUCGGUUUGGUCGAGUCAAAGAUUCGUGUUCUGGUGGGAAACCUUGAGAGGAAUGAGUACAUCACCCUGGCUCAUGUCAACCCCCAGUCUUUCCCUGGCUCCAAAGAGAACCGCAACGAGAACGAGUUUGUUUCCAUGUGGUUCAUUGGGAUCAUCUUCAAGAAAGUGGAGAAUGCAGAGAGUGUGAACAUUGACCUGACAUACGACAUCCAGUCCUUCACAGACACUGUGUACAGACAAGCCAAUAACAUCAACAUGCUGAAGGAUGGGAUGAAGAUUGAAGCAACACAUGUGAAAAAGAAACAACUUCAUCAGUACCUCCCUCCUGAACUGGUGCAGAAGAAAAAGAGGAGCAUAGCUGAGUUGAACCGUAGCUCUAAUGGGGGAAGCUCCAAGCGGAUCUCUCUGGACAGCAGUCAUCUGGACAGCUCCAGAGAUACAGACUCAGGGACUCCCUUUAGCUCCCCGACCAGCAAACCCUCCAAGCCGGUGUCCGACACUGACGACGGUGUCACCCCUCCCAAACAGCUUUUUGUGGAGGGUUCUCCAGCCCCCAGUGCAGCCCCCUGUGCAGCCCCGAGUGCAGCACCCAGUGCAGCACCCAGUGCAACACCCAGCGCAGCACCUAGUGCAGCCCCCUGCGCAGCACCAGCUGCUCAAGACCAGGGCAUGUCCAUCCCUGUCAUCGGUUCAAAGCCUCCAGUUAAAGCAAAGGCUCCCUCACCACCAGCCAGCAGCUCCAUCACCACAGUGCUGAGCGGAGAUGUGACUCCAAACGCCACCAGCAGCCCCAGAGAGGAGCCCAACGGCCUGGACGACUCUGUCAAUGGAGCACCUGCCAAGAGACCGCACUCGCCUACAGAAGAGGACCUGCCCAAGAGACACAAAGACGCAGAGGUGGUGUCCAACGAUGACUCUGCAUUUAAAGAGCCAUAUCCACCAUCCUCUGACUGCUACACACAUGGAGAAGGACAUGUUACGUCCCUUUCUGGAUCAAAGGCUAAGCCCAUUCCAACCAUUGAUACCUCAAGAACGCAGAGACUUCCCAGCAUGGAACUGCCCGACGCCUCCUCACCUCUCCCAGCCAGCAACAGUUGUCGUGUCGUGAAAAACUCAAUCAAACUGGCCCUCAACCGCCACAACAUCACACCUCCCAAGCCCCCCGUGUUCGAGGGCACCCUCACCACUGACGCUUCUCCUGCCACGGAAGAAAAGGGCAUGUCCAUUCCUGUCAUUGGCUCAAAACACGUGGCAUCCAAGCACGCGGCGUCCCCCGUCGGCAGCUCCAUCCCCACGUUAGUGAGCAGAGGAGCUGACCCGCUGAACGGAGCGGCCUCCAAGAGACCCCACUCUCCGUCUCUGGAGGAGCAGGCCAAGAGGCUGAAAGAAACUGAGAAGGCCAGAAUCCACAUAGCUUGAACACAUGACAAGAGUGGAUGCGUAACAUACACAGAGGUGGGGCUUUACAGUUAAGUCAAACACCGAGAAGAUGACUUCACGCAGGGACAGGGAGUGUUUUCAGGUUGGUCGGUGUCAAGUGUGAAGCAGCAGGACGGACACCUCACCUCAAAUCUUCAGAGAUUAUAGAUUUGCCAGUGGAUAGGUGAUUUGAUCAAACCAGGUGUUGCCAGCUCCCUCUGUCACACUUCCAGAGGGCAUUUAACACAACAGUCACGGCGAUAUCUGAUAUGAGAACUAAAGCAACAGUUUUCCACUCAUCUUCUCCCUCAGUGUUUAUAAGUGUACACAGUACAGAUGGAAAACGUGUUUUUCUUUUUUCAUUUUCCCUUUUUUUUUUUUUUUGUUUUUUGUUCCAGUCAACAUGUUAUAAAACAGCCCAGAACAUUUAUCAACACUUGCUGCACACACUUUUGAUGUAUGCUGAUGGGUUUUUUUGUUUUCUUGUCUUUUGUUUUCUUUUCUCCGGAACAGGAACUUGUACAGUAAAUGUCGAUGUACAUAACAUAAUUUUUUGUCUUAAAAAAAAAAAAAGCAAAAGAUCACUGUCAAGUCUUUUGACCAUUCUAUUGUAGUUUUAUCUAAAAAGAAAAAAAAGUUUAAAAAAUUGUAUUUUUUUUUUGUUUUGUUUUGUUUUGUUUUGUUUUUCUCGAUUGCUUGUCCCAAAACAAUGUCUCCAGCCCUGGAUAUUUUUUGUAAACAUUGUAUAGGUUUGGAUACAGUUGCAGGGAGGCUUUAUUGAGGGUUUGCUUGGACAUGACACCUUUGGACCACCACAACCACCCAAAGAGGACUCCAGGUUAGUAUUGGACUUGCAGUGCGUAGGUGAUCGUAGACGGCCAGUGACAUCAGUGCUUCUCAGGUGCCGGUAAGAGCAAAAAAAAAAUACACAUUAUCCUUACAACAACAGGAAAUGUCAUUCAUUGUCUGGAAGUGAUGAAAUGUGACUAAACCUUUUCAGAUACUGUUUAACUCUUGGAAGGAUUUAGCACAGCACAGCGAAGAACAACCAUAUCAGAAUGCUUCACUAAUCUUUCUGUUCAGUGUAGCUUCAGUGUCGCGCCUGUUGUUCAUCUUGGAUUAAAAGUUUGAUGAGUUUUCUGCAUACUUUUCAUGGUGUGUUACAGGCCAUAGAUGCCAGGUGUGGCUGACACCAGAAAGUGAACACUGGACAGUUAAAACAGUCACCAGUAAUUGUGUGAAUAUCACUUUUGUGUAGGUACCUGAUUCAGAGAUUGCUGGACCUAAAAAUUAACCUCUAGUCUAUCAGGAGGGCAAAACAACAACACCACCACUACCACCACCCCAAAUUCUCACUCACACUCACCUCGAACAGUUCACUGUGGUCUGUUUGCUAGUGAAGCUUGUUUCUGAUGAAGUCAGGUCCUGGUUGUUUUUGUAUGAAAGGGUUUAUGGUGCUCAGUGGGAGAAAAAGAAUGGUUGGAAGCUUUUGAUGAGUUGUGCUGGUUUGUGUGCGUAUACAUGCAUAUAUAUGGUUGACUGUGUGUGAAUGUGCAUGAAUAGAUGGUCGUGUUUAUGGAGAGAGACUGAAUUCCCUUCAUUUUGGGUGUUAACCCUCUGUGCCUCCUGUGGAGGUUCUUAAAAGACAUCUCCUGGGGCCACGGCUGGGGUGGGGCUGGAGGUCAGGAGACAGCUUUUUUUCCUGCCUUGGGCCCCGACCCUCCAUCUUUUAUGGUGUGAAGCUGGGUGACUUUGUGUUUGAUUUCAGCACAUAAGAUGUAUGUAUAAAACAAAGUACAGAGUGAUGCUGAGGAGGCACCCUCUUUGGAGCACGUAGAGUUGGGACACAGGCUCUUUUUCCAGCAUCAGCUUCCCCAGCUAAAUGUACAGAGAACAGUUUUUUCAAAAGUCAUAUUCAUCAUUAUUGGGGGUUUUCUUAUCACUUUAUUUAUAUUUGCAUAUUUGUACCAUGUGAUUAAUUUUUUUUUUUUUUUUUUUUUAAAUAGCAUUCAUAGCAGGUAGGUCUCUUUUGAACGAAAUCUGCACCACUCUGUUUCAGACAACUCAUGUUUUGCUGUUUGGAAACAUUUAACAAAACAGGCCAUUUAGAUGUUUGUUUCUAAAAUGUAUUGAAAGGGUAUUUUUGUAUGUGUUUAUCACUUCCUUUAAACAAAUCUGUACACCCAUUAAACCCCUAAAAACUA